AUGUCCCAUAUUUUCUAUUUUUUCUAUGGGCUGCUCCUGUGCCUGAGUCUGCUCUGUGAAGUGUUUGUGGUCACCUGGAAUCUUCACUGGAGAGGUGGGUUUGCCUGGGACAGAUCACUGCUGCACUUUAACUGGCAUCCUGUGCUGAUGGUGUCUGGACUAGUCAUUCUCUAUGGAAAUGCUGCAAUUGUGUAUCGCAUACCGUUCACAUGGAAGCAGAGGAAGUUAGUUUGUAAACUGGUCCAUGCUGGAAUGAUGUUUGUGGCCCUCCUCCUGUCAAUGCUUGGUCUGAGUGCUGUCUUUGACUUCCACCAAGGAGUCAACAUCCCAAACCUGUACUCGGUUCACAGUUGGGUGGGCAUCAGCACUGUGUUUCUGUUUUCUUCUCAGUGGAUACUUGGCUUGGUUGGUUUCUUGUUACCUUGUUCUCCACCAUGGAUCCGAAGUUCUCUGAAACCUGUUCAUAUCUGGAUGGGUAAAAUGAUUCUGAUAUUCAGCCUGGCCUCCUGCAUCAGUGGCAUCAAUGAGAAACUGCUCCUAACUCUAAAUGGGAUGAGUGCAGCCAUGUACAGUGAACUGCCUGUGGAAGCCGUGUUUGUCAAUUUCCUGGGGAUGCUGAUUGUGGCUUUUGGAGUGUCAGUCUUUGGAAUUCUGUUUGUGAAAAAAUGGCAGCGGCCAGAAGAUGGCUCAGAAAAUGCCCGUCUUCUUCUUACUGAAGUCACUCCAUGA